GGGAAAACCCUCUGAAAAUACAGAAGCAGAAAACAUAUGUGAGAAGUGAAACCAGAGAAUCAAAUACGGGGAAUAGGCGAAUAGCAUAAAUAUGUUUUCCAUAUCUAAUUCAGCACCCACAUGCCUUUACAGUCAUACAAAUCCUGUCUCACCGAGCGCGUCUCCUUUGAUUUUAUCUUUUCAAUUUCAUUGGAGAACGUCGCUUCAUUCACGUCCAUGUGCUUUGAGGACAGGAUCGGAAGGGUCGGAUGUGCUGAGGAAACCCGUGUCCCGGCCACCGGUGAAGGAGAGUGAGAUUCCGGAAGAAGAAGAAGAGGACGAUUUGGGAAGCAAGGAUGAGGAAAUACAAGAAGAUGACGAAUUGGUUGAUUGGGAAGACCAGAUUUUGGCGGAUACUGUUCCUCUUGUUGGUUUUGUGAGGAUGAUUCUACACUCUGGCAAAUAUCGAAGUGGAGAUAGGUUGAGUCCUGAGCAUGAGAGUACCAUUAUCAAUAGGCUGCUUUGCAAUCAUCCUGAGUAUGAAAAGAAGAUCGGUUGUGGAAUUGAUUAUAUUACAGUUGGGUAUCAUCCAAAUUUCGAAAGCUCAAAAUGUCUGUUCAUAGUUCGAAAAGAUGGAGAAUUGGUUGACUUCUCAUAUUGGAAAUGUAUAAAGGGCUUAAUUAGGAAAAACUAUCCACUGUAUGCAGACAGCUUCAUUCUAAGACAUUUUCGAUCGCGUAGGAAUGAUAGAUGAAGGUGAUACUUUUGACUUGUACUUACCUUGUGCCUUUAUAUGCUGAGAAGUACUUUUUUAUUUUCCAAAAUAUGGGUUUGUACUUUGUAAUUGCUGAGAACUAUUGCAAAGUUUGAAAUCAAUUGAAAAUUUCUGUGGAAAGCCGGAGCAAGGUUCAACAACUGCAGGUCUAAAGCAGUGAAAUGCUGCAAAAUGACGGCUGCCCUUUCUGGAUAACCAGACAGGACUGAGAGUUGCCAGUGACUUUUCUCUCUCACUGUUGGGUAAUCUCUCUCUUUUCUUUUUUUUUAGUUUCUCUAGAAUUCUAUUGAUUCAUGCUCAAUGUAAGUUCGUAGUAGUGUUAACGUAAGCUUGAAUCAUGCCUAAAUCAUUCGCAUUGCCUGCUAGCAUGCACUUGCAUCGUCACAGCCAUACGUGCAUGCUUGUUAAUGGUUAAAUUAUGUGCCAUUAUGUACAACAUACUUGUAAACAAUGUUACCCCCAGCUCCAUAUGUUAUUUUCAAUUUUGUUAGGGAGAGAAGUUCAGAUUGUUAUGAGUUUUGGUUUUUAGUUUUAUCCGUCAGUUUAUUUCCCUUCCAAUUUUUAAUGAACAUCUUGUUCCUUUAUGUAUUAGAACACAAGUCAUUUUCCGUGAUUUGGUGCGUGUUAUAAACCAAUAAACUAUCCGCAUGAAUAUGAUCUAUAA